CCCACACCGAAGUGUGUAUAUUAACAAAAAAUCAACAACAUAACAGUUGCGCAUUAUGUUAUAUUCCGAGUGUAUGUCUGUCACUCGAAUAAUUCCAAAAGCGCAUGCUAAAUAAUCUUUAUGUGAAUUAAAUAUCGGCCUGAAGCAAUACAACCAUGGAAGGAGGUCCAUCUAUCAGUGACUAUUUGUGUUCAAUAAGAAAAAGAAGGUCAUGCAACAAGAUAUCAGAUUCUUAUUCUGCCAUUCAAGAUGGUGCAAGAAAAUCCGCUCGAAGUGGCUCUAGUUACAAACAAUGUUUGAUUGUGGAUAACAGUGAUGUCAACUGUGUGGAGGAAAAGGAUGUUGGUCAUGAAACUAUGAAAAAGGAUGGCACAUCUCACAGUUUGUAUGCAGCAUUGAAUUCUAUUAUAGACUCCCCCCAAAAAACAUGGUCAGGCAACAAGAGAUCUCAUUCUGAUUCUGCCAUGGAAGACGGAGCGCUAAAGUUAGCUACAAGUGACUCAAGUAACAAACAUAAAACUAUGAUACAUUUUAAUAAAAAAUUGAAAGAUUCUUUGAAAUCCACCGAUACCUGCCUUGAAUCUUCAGCUGAAGUUUGUGAACAUUUUACACGUUCAAAAUCCAGAAGACAAGGUAGAGUUAAUACUAAUGAUAGAUUAAGUGAUGUGUUAGACUUAAAUAUGAACACCACUUAUGCAAAAAGUCCAGGUCAGACAAAGAAACAUUCCGAUAUUGAACAUGCGAUUCAUAUAGAAGAGAUAUUGUCAGAAAUAAGGAAAAUAAGAUCUCCCCGAAAAACAGAAAACUGUGACAACACUGAAAUAGCCAGCUUUGAGCAUACAUGUACUAGUCUUCCCAAAAGUGUAGAUGGUAAUUUGGAAUUAGAAACCAUUGAAAACACAAUCAAUAAAUCCGAACAUAAUAGCCUUUUUCAUGGAGAAGCUUGCAGGUAUUACACAAAUCGUCUUGAAAAUCUUAACAUAGAAAUGGUUGAAUCAGAUUUAAACAGCAUUUUGAAUGAAAAGGCAAAUGUAAAUGCUUCUACGUUGGAGGCUGAGAACAGAGAUUUGGAAUCUGAAGGCGGCUGUGUGCAUGAUUCAGUUGAACUGCAUCAGAUUUCGGGGACAGAUCCUCCCAUGUCUGAUCUCUCAGGCUCUGACAGCGAUAAUGACAGUCUGCCAGAUUUGACUUACUUCCUUUCACCAAGAAAGAAUUCCAUACCUGUUCCAACAACAACUCCCUGUGACCUUGAACAAUCAGUGACCCCUGUUGACACACCCUUGGAAUGUUUGGAUUCCAAAGAGAGUAAUACCAUUACCUGUGACCCAGAAGUCGAUGACGUAAAGCCCAGUCUGUGCAUGGCAAAGACGGGGCAAAAGAGAAAGAAACGUCCCAAAGAUGAACUGUCAAAGAAGGGAAAAGAAAGACAACGGCGGAUAAGAGAAAAAAAUGAUGUUGUUGUACGGUUUCUCACCUCGGCAGAAAUGAAGAGACACUUGACGAAAAUCCUGUCUAGUAAAGAGCCCAGCACCAUGCACGAUGAGUAUAAGAAGGCAACUCCACGAGAGCGCAGUGUUAUGCAGCAGCGGGGAUUCGGCCCUCUUGACGACGAAGAUCAGAUAGAGACGGUUCUGAACACUUAUGUGGACUGGGUCCGAAAGAUGGGAUUAGAACCGGUUAACUAUGUAAACUACUUCUUUGCUGUUUGGAUACCUGAGGCUAUUGUAUAUUAUUUCCGCAAACAAAAAAGGUACUCCAGACCGAAGGCCUUAGAGAUGUUUUAUAAAGGGUAUCGGAGGACCAAAGAAGAGCGGCAGGUUUUGAUGGCAAGCCUGCGCAAAACCAGAUAGCUUCACUGUUUGCAAUAAACAUUCUGUGCCGUCAUUAAUAACAACUCUGUACUGUCAUUUAAAGGUGUUGGUGUUCAGAGCUUGCUGUAAAAGAAGUUUGAGAGUAAUUUGUUCCCAAUGUUUGACUCAUGACUUCAAAAUUGCAGCCAGAAGAUCAUGGGCUAGUUGUGAAAAAACACACUUGUUUCUGUUUUUAACCAGGUUUUUAACCAGGUUUUCCGAAGGAAAAAACUGGUUAUUAGAUUGGCGAAUGCGGGCGGGCGGGCUGGCUGGCUGGCGGAAUAAGCUUGUCCGGGCCAUAACUAUGUCGUUCAUUGUCAGAUUUUAAAAUCAUUUGGCACAUUUGUUCACCAUCAUUGGACGGUGUGUCGCGCGAAAUAAUUACGUCGAUAUCUCCAAGGUCAAGGUCACACUUUGAGUUCAAAGGUCAAAAAUGGCCAUAAAUGAGCUUGUCCGAGCCAUAACUAUGUCGUUCAUCGUCAGAUUUUAAAAUCAUUUGGCACAUUUGUUCACCAUCAUUGGACGGUGUGUCGCGCGAAAUAAUUACGUCGAUAUCUCCAAGGUCAAGGUCACACUUUGAGUUCAAAGGUCAAAAAUGGCCAUAAAUGAGCUUGUCCUGGCCAUAACUAUGUCAUUCAUUGUGAGAUUUUAAAAUCAUUUGGCACAUUUGUUCACCAUCAUGGGACGGUGUGUCCCACGAAAGAAUCACGUCAAUAUCUCCAAUGUCAAGGUCGCCACGACUAAAAAUAGAUUUAAAAAAUAAAAAAAACUUACAAAGGGGGUUAAUUUUUUUUGGUCAUUUCAAAAGUUCAGUUUGAGUUUUCUCCCUUUAUCAGAUUUUUUUUUCACAAUGAAAACCUGGUUUUGUGACAAUUUUGUCCCUUGUCUUCUGAGUAAAUUGGCAUAUAAACACCUACCAUAUUGAAAAACUACUGACCUUUUUCAAACUUCUGUAUUGUUAUCUAAAUUUCCAAAGUAAUAGGCCAGGAAGUUCAGACUUGAAAGCCAAUGUAAGAUGUGGUUAUUAAAUAAGGGUGUAAAAGAAGUGCCUUGUGGGCUUAAUACAAUUCUAUAUAGAAGGAUUUAGGAAAUGUUAAUAGUUAAUAAUAAACAGGAUUUUUUUUAAGUGAAUAGAGAUUGGCAUGAUGUGUGUUCUUUGAUGCUCUUGUAGCCCACGCAAUAAUGUAUUUUUAAAAUAUUUUUUCUAAUAUUAAAGUAUCUAUUCGCUGCUAGAGCUAACACACAGUCUUGAUUCAAACUGUACACGCUGUUUGCUCAUUAGACUGCUGUGAUACAAUCCCAGUUUCUUAAACAAUUUGUAUAAAAUAAUGUAUUUAUGUUCCUGUCAGAGUAUAGACAUAGUUUCCAAUAAAAAUGCCAUGAUGUACAAAAUAUGGCACUUUCUUUUAUUAUGCUGCCCACAUAUUUAUAUAUGGUGAGCAUAAUAGUUGCCAGUUUGGGGCUCCUUCUUACUUCCGUCACACUUUUGUUACCGUUUCUCAUAGGGCUUCAAUAUUUUUACUGCUCUCUUACAUAUUUGGCAUGUAUGGACCUUUACCUUUUGAUGAUGUUUGAGGUCACUGGGGUCAAGGUCACUGAGGUUUAUAAUAGAUUUUUCCAUCACAAUUUUGUUACAGUUACUAAUAGCACCUUCAAUAUUUUUCUGAUCUCUUACAUAUUUGGCAUGUAGGUACCUUUCAUGGACCUCUACUUUUUGAUGAGGUUUGAGGUCACAGGGGUCAAGGUCAACGAGGCUAAUAAUAGAUUUUUCUGUCACAAUUGUGUUACAGUUUCUCAUAGGCUAGCGCCUUCAAUAUUUUACCGAUCUCUUACAUAUUUGGCAUGUACCGGUAGGUACCUUGCAUGGACUUCUACCUUUUGAUGAGGUUUGAGGUCAUGGGGCUCAAGGUCAAGGUCACCGAGGCUAAUAAUAGAUUGUCUCAAGGUCACACUUUGGUUACAGUUUCUCAUAGUGCCUUCAAUAUUUGAUCUAUCUCUUAUAUAUUUGGAAUGUAGGUACCUUGCGUGUACUUCUACCUUUUUGAUGAUGUUUGAGGUCACUUGGGUCAAGGUCACUGAGGCUAAUAUUAGAUUUUCUCAAGGUCACACUUUUUUCCACACAAUUAAACCAUAUAUCGACAAAGCAUCAUUGGGGAGCAUCCAUCAGUUUUACUGAUAUCCUUCUUGUAUGAGCUGUCUGUGUUUAAUUUAGACUUGUGUAUUGCUUAAUGGGUUUACAAGACAAUUCAGGGAAUGAACCUAUUUUCAUUAUUUAUUAGAUUGUUUGUUUGCAUUGUUAUGCCCUGACUCCCCUUUGGUCUGUUGCAUUCUUUUACAUAUGUUAAAGCCCUGUUUUACAAAAAAACAACAACAGAACAACUGUUAUUAAACCUGUGGCAGGGUAACUCCACAAAAUUUGCAUCUAGAGUGGCAGGAAAGAUAAUACAAACAUUUUAAUCAGCAUGUUAAUUUGCGUCCCUGGGUAUUUGCAACAAGAGCAGGUGUAUUGCCUCUUCUUUCAAAACAUAACCUUUAAAAAACUAGAAUAGCUGCUAGUGUGAUCUCACUUGUAAUUGACCAAUAUUGCAAUGUGAUUUUGUGCUAUUGGCUAUUUUUUUAACAUUAGUUUAUUCUAAGACAAAUGUGUAAUGUGGGCGACAAAAUUUUUCUACAAACACAAGGCUAGUUUUAUUUAGUUUGUUUGAAAAUUGUACAAAUGUUGUUCGUUUUUGUCCACAAAGUGGAAUUGUUUAAUGUUUUUUCUAUUGUUUGUUGGCACCAGUAAGAUGAAUGCAUCAGUAUGCAGUGCCAAUGAUUGCAGGUUAACUGACUUUGCCUUUUCAAAAGUUUUAAUUCGAUUUUUACCAUACAUAUAAGAAUGUUUGUGUGCAUAAUAUCUAAGGCAAGUUUUUUGGUGCACUACUUAUUAUGCUCCCCAAAAAUUUAUUUUGGGGGCAGCAUAUAGUCACCGCUUCGUCUGUCCGUGUGUGUGUCUGUCUGUCAGUCCGUGCACAAUUUUUGUCCGGGCUAUUUCUCAGCAACUAAUUACCGAAUUCAAUGAAACUUUAUGGGAAGCUUCACUACCAAGAGGAGAUGUGCAUAUUAUCAGCGGAUUCUGGUCGGAUGAUUUUUCACAGAGUUAUGGCCCUUCGAAAUUUUCUAUUAAAAAAUUCUUGUCCCCCCAACUACUGUGCCCUUUUAUAUCUGAAUAUAUAGUGCAAUAUUGUGACAAAAAAAACUUUGGGGAGCAUCACCCGUCUCCAACGGUUUCUUGUUUGUAACAGGAAGGGACAAAUAAUACAAAACUUGAAACACGGUUCAGGGGACUAUUUGUUAACUCUGUAAAUGCCACAUUUAUUGUCAAUUCUUAAUGAAAAUUGCUCAGAACAUUUUCCCCAAUGUUAAAUCAUUAGAGUUCGAAUCUGGGUCACAAUGGGUCAGAUUGUGAUCUAGGCCAAGUUCGAAAAUGGUUCCUGUCUGUUGAAAAACAUGGCAACCAGGGUGGGGGCAGUUGGCCUUAUUUGGGUGUAGUGAAACCUAGUUAACACUCGUAAAGUCGUAUAUUUGGUCCAAUCAUGAUUAAACUUGCUCAGAACAUUUUUUGUACUGAUAAUUUGGGCAGUUUUCCUAAGAUGUCUAUAGUGAAACCUUGUUAUAGCACUCUAAAAGUCACAUGUUUUAUUCAGUCAUGAAACAUGCUAAGAACAUUUAUAAUGAUGACUAAAAUAUAUUAGUUUUAUGGAUGCAGAGAAUUGAGUUGGAUUCAGGAAGACCUCAAAUGUUUUUAUUCCAAAAAAAUUGUCUAGUUAUUGUUAGUUUUAAUUAGUAUCUCAACAUUAAAAGAAAUGAUUGAAACUCAUAAACCAGCUUUUGUAAAACCAGUGUUGUUAAAUUAGUUUACCAUUAAUCCUGGUUCACUUAAUUAUUAAGUUUCAAUAUUUGAAACUAAUUGAUUUAAGAUACUGGAAAACACCAUUACCUUCAUUGUAGCAAAAUACAAACAUGUUUUUGAAUCUUCGCUAUUUAGUUGCCAAUUGAUGUAUGUCUUCCUUUUUGUGCACAUAAUAUGUAUAUGCAACAAGCUUUAGUGAUCUAUACUAGUUUCAGUACAUAUCAUAGUUAUAUUUUCUAAACUAAACAAAUGUUAACAUUGUGUUUUCAAUCUUGACAUAUUCCUAAUUAAGAGUAAUUAUUUAUCAUUUGUAAAUAAUGGUACAUUGUAAAUAAUGGAAGCAUAUUGUACACACUAAUAUCUUAUUUAUAUAAAAAUAAAAUAUAUUUGUAUGUUUAUUAUAGAAUGUUUUGUUGGUCUAUAAAUUUAUGUUUUUCAGGGUGUGUUUAUUUCUUUAUUUUUGCGUUAUUUAUUUAUUUUUAUUUAAAUCCUUUAAAUAUAUGCCUGUGCAGAAAACUGUUUGUGAAAGAAAAACUAAUAAUAAGGAUUAAUUAUAAUAAGAAUUAUUUUGUGUAUUUUGAAUUUGCUUCAUUAACAUUUUAAUGGUAGAAAGAUAUAAACAACAAAGUAAUCUUCAAAUGUCUUCUAUCUAUCCAUAUGGAUUGAUUUACACUAUUAUAGAAAAUUUCAUUUUUUUACUUUUCACUGUUGAAAAAAAAGCAACAUUCUAAUGACAUGCAUUUGCUAUCUUUUGUCGAAACCUGUCUGAUUUACUUUUUGUAUUUUAUGUAAUGGUGUGCCAUUCAUUUGUAUAUUGUCAAAAAUAUCUGUAUUUGUUUUUAUAAAUUUUAAAAGCCCAUAUCCAGGGUGCAGGAUCGGGGUUUACACACGGGCUAGACAGAAUGUAAACAUUGUAAAGAGCUUUAUGUUUGCAAAUGUCUUAUGUUAUUGAAUUACAUUUGCAAAAAUCUGUAAUGCAUAAGACAGUUUUCUUGCAGUGUGUGCCAAUAUCUUAAGGUAUACGAAUAAAUCCUUGAAUAUG